AUGAGGCGCAUCUCCGCAAACUUUUUGGCGCUGAUGUUCAUAUGCGCCAUCGGGAGCGUGUUCUACGUGUGGAGCGCGUUGGAGAGCCGCUUGGAGCGACAUAAGAGGGGAUUCACGCUACCGGGGGGAGCUCUCCCUGCGGACCUCUCCUCGAAAACUUUCCGGGCGUUGCUGGCUGUCCCGGUGGCACCAAAGAAAGCUCACUUGGGAAGUCGCAACGUCACGGAUCACACGUUAGGAAAUAGUCAUUACCAUUUGAAUGGAUACAACAAGAGACAAGGGGAUCCGGUCAAGUUAGAAGGCUCCCCUCUGGAGGAAGGGGUAUUUUGGAGCGAACGGUUAGAGGAGCUGCUUCCAGUGGGUUUCAAAGAAGAUGACGCGCGGGACUGGAGGGAGAAAGCUAGAGAAUAUCACAUUGUGAAGCUGGAGCCUGGAUGUGGGAGAAUCUCCAAUCAGCUCGCCACUUUUGAGGACGGUUCCAAAGCGUGUGUGCGUUAUGGCAUCAACUCAGAUCAAGUGCAAGGAGAAACUCUGACGUAUUACCUCGCCAGUCUGUUAGGCAUCACGAACCUGCCUCCUCUGGUGCUGUCCCAGCUCAGCACGGACAGUGAGCAGUGGCAGAACGUCAGGACACGCGUGGAGGGGCUACAGUGGAGCGAGAGAGCCGUGGUCUCACUCACGCAGUGGGUCUCUAACCUGACCGGAGUGGUAACACCUGCCCCGCUGAGGCAGGAGAGCAGCGGACUUCAUCCCAGUCUUAAACAAUUGCGUAACCAAAGCGUUGAAGAGCUGCUGGAGCUCAUGCAAUGGACAGACCUAAUUAUUUUGGACUAUUUGACUGCGAACUUUGACAGGCUAGUGAGUAAUCUGUUCAGCCUGCAGUGGGACUCACGCAUCAUGGAGCGAGACACGAACAACCUGCUCAGAGCGCCUGGUGGGCUCUUGGUCUUUAUCGACAAUGAGGCAGGGCUGGUGCACGGAUACAGAGUGCUGGACAUGUGGGAGAAAUAUCACAAGACCGUGCUGAGUUCUGUGUGCGUCUUCAGGCAGAGGACAGCGCAGCGCGUGGCUGAGCUGCACAGGCGCAGAGACGCCCGCACCAGACUCAUGGAAGUCUACCGAGACAGCGAGCCUUUGUCCUUCCACAUGGGCUUCCUGUCGGACGAGCACGCUGCACUGCUCCAGGAGAGAAUAGACACGUUGCACAAACACAUAUUGCACUGCAAAGCAAAGUACAAGCAGCUGUGA